AAAUUCCAAAGGAAUCGAUUGGUGAUAGUAAAAAAAAAUCCUCCGUAUCGCGUUAGAAUGAACGACAAAGACGACAGCGCUUGGGUCUUCGAUUCCCUGAUUGGUUUUCUUCAGGGUCCAAUUUGGUCCGCGCCUCUGAUCACUUUCAUCGAAGAGAAGUCACUCAUAUUUGAAGCGGACGUCGAGGAAAAUGAUGAGUAUCAAAAGAUAUAUCAGGAGUACAAAAAUCUGGUGGACUUAUUGCUUGGUUGUUUCAUGGAAGACAUGGGGAUCACUCCGGAGCAAUUCGAGUACGCUUGUACAGUGAAUAAGUAUACAAAAAUGCCUAUACAAUUCCAACAGAACUUGUUCGAGCAAAUAUGGGCAGCGAACGAGUACCAGAUAUUCAAAAGAAUGAUGAUUCAAAAGAAUCUAGAGCUUCAACUGCAAGCUUUGAAUAUGAUCGAGCAGAAGUAUGGUCUUACACCUGCAUCUUUCAUGUAUGAAGCAGAUGUAUUGAAUGAAGAUCCUUUAGUCAUGGAAGAAAUCAUUCAAAAACACGUUUUGGAGAAUGAUUCGGAAGAAGACAAGAACAUAUCGUCGGAAACUUCGUUGAUCAAAGAACAUAAGCGUUUAACAGCUAAAUAUAACAGCGAACGAGCAUUGUUAGCAGAAGCUCUAAAAGCGUCCCAAGAGGAAAAUACUCCUGAAAGGGAUCGUACACAGUCAUUUUUAAAGGAAGAAGAUGAGGAAAAAGAAGAAGACGACGAAAGCAAAAUCAAAGAGAAAGACGAAGAGGAGAAGGAGGAGGAGGAGGAGGAAGAGGAGGAGGAGAAAGAAGAAAAGAAGGAAGAAGCAGAUAUUCCAAGGUUCCCUAAAGUGGUUCCUCUUGAUUCUAUGUCCACGGACGAAUCAAAAUCAGAAGGACCAAAUAUAUCAGAAGAAGACAUAAGAAAGAGGCAGGCAUAUUUGAAAGCCAGACGCGAUAAAUUGGUAGCUUUGAAGAAAGAAGCAAGAAGUCAACGAUUGGAAAUGAAUCCAUCGAGGCCGAGUUCCGCGAGAUCGGUAGCGGAAGCCACGAUCAAAGGAGAACAAGAACUAAAAUUACCGGAACCUCUGGAACCGUCCAUAUUGCAAGUACGUAAAGUACUCGCUGCUCGCCUCCAAGCAGAGGUAGUGCGUAAACAAACGAGCCAAUAAUAACGAUUCUCUAACACGAAAGAGAUCGGAACGGCGGUGUUUUAUCCAUAUAAAAUGCUGAUAUUUUAUCCUUUCUUUUUUCUCUUUUUUUCCCUUUUUUUCUGAUAAAUUUCAUGCACAGCGAACUUUUAUACAGCUGCAUCAGCUUUCCUUUUUAUAGACGUUACGUUAUAGUAUUAAGAUAGCGAAGAAGUUUACAUGGAUACAACAUUUACACAUAUUGAAAGAAUUAAAAUGAUCAAACCUAGUAGCAGAAUAAGACUAAAUGAGUAUGUUUAACAAGAACAAAGAUAGUAUAAGUCGUUUCUUUUUUAUACAAUUCCAAAUGUUUACUGUAUCGUUUUUCUUCCUUCUUUUGUUUAAAUAAGUCUGACGAAUAUCGUUACAGUUUGGGUAUAAGUAUAUCUUCGCUUGUGAAUACCGAUAAAAUGAUAAACAACUUCUUAAGGUCACUUGCAUUAUGUUCUCUCAGUCGUUCGAUGAAUUUCGCACGAUCACCAUGCAUCAUCGGCACUAGUUUUACCCGUGAGAGAAAUUUCAUAAUCUGGAACAUGAAAAAAAGUAAAAAAAAGAGCAUAGGAUUCUUGUAAUAGCAAUUUGUAUAGAUCUUUAAGAGGAUACGAGUGAUAUGAAUAAAAAAAAACAAAAAGA